AUGGUUGAAGCCGGGGAGAUUGUAAUCCGGAAAAGGGAGGCGCAAGGGCCGAACGUAAAUAGGAACCCUUUACCGGAACAUGCCAAUAUCAUUGGGGUUAUUCUGGAUGAUACGGAGUAUGUGGAACCGGUCAAAGAAUUGACAAGGGAAGCUGAAGUGUUUGGGGUCACAGACCAACCUUUUGUCAUAGAACUGCCAUUUGAAGAGGACGAAAAGCCCUUUGUUUUGGAUCUCACGCCAGCGGAGAGUGAGGCUUUGGAGCCAGUAAUUAUUGAAUUCCCGAAGCAGGAGCCUGUCCUGAGCCUGCAACAAGUACCAUGGAAUUAUGAUGAACCUACUGUACAGAUUGGGGAAAGGUCAAUUGCAAAGAAGGAAGUAUCAGUGGUCACAAGAUCGGGGAAAAUUGCAAGCCCGUUUGAAGCAACCAUUCCGAUUCAAGCAAAUAAUUCCGAGCCACCCGCCAAACCAACAAUCACUGAGAAGGAAGCCUUGGAUUUUCUUAAAAGGUUCCAGAGAAGUGAAUACAAUGUGAUUGAGAAGCUAAGCAAGUCACCUGCCCAGAUAUCCAUGUUGGAUUUACUUUUUUCUUCAGAUGUGCAUAGGGAUGCGUUGAUCGAGGUAUUGACUAAAGCUCAAAUCCCUAGGGACAUUUCUGUUGAUAAUUUUUCGCACGUGGUUGGGAGUGUGUUAUUCACCAAGCAAAUUACUUUUUCUGGCGAGGAAUUGCCGGCGGAAGGCAUUGGACAUAACAAGGCCCUGUAUAUAGUUGUUAGGUGCAAUGGAAAAAUGCUGCCGAAGGUGUUGAUUGACAAUGGAUCUGCGCUUAAUAUCUGUCCUUGGAGCACCUUGGAGAAGCUGGGAUUGCAAGACAUCGAGCUGAGGCCUUCAGGGACCGUAGUUCGAGGUUUUGAUGGAGCACAAAGAGAGCCAAUAGGAGAAGUGGAUUUAAGUGGAGAGGUAAGAGUUUGUAUUGACUAUAGAGACCUCAAUAAAGCCAGUCCUAAAGAUGACUUCCCUCUACCAAACAUUCACAUUCUCUUAGACAAUACGGCCGGACAUGAGAUUGAAACCUUUUGCGAUUGUUUUGCUGGCUACCACCAAAUUUUGAUGGCAGAAGAGGAUAGGGAGAAAACGGCUUUCAUUACCCCUUGGGGUACCUUUUGCUACCGAGUCAUGCCUUUCGGUUUAAAGAAUGCUGGAGCAACAUAUCAGAGGACCAUGACAACCCUAUUUCAUGAUAUGAUCCACCGGGAGAUGGAGGUCUACGUGGAUGAUAUUAUAAUCAAGUCUAAAAGGGCAGAGGACCAUUUGGUUGAUUUGAAGAAGUUAUUCGAAAGAUUGCGGAAGUACAAUUUGAAGUUAAAUCCUGCGAAAUGCGCCUUUGGAGCACCUGCGGGUAAGCUGUUGGGAUUCAUUGUUAGCAAGAAGGGCAUAGAAAUAGAUCCGGCGAAAAUCAAAGCAAUUCGAGAUAUGCCAGUGCCAAAAACUCAGAAGGACGUGAAAAGCUUCUUAGGGAAGAUUAAUUUUAUUGGGAGGUUCAUCGGCCAACUAACUGCCACAUGCGAGCCGUUGUUCAAAUUAUUGAGAAAGAAUGUGCCGUUGUAUUGGAAUGAGGAGUGUCAACAGGCUUUCGACAAGAUUAAAGAUUAUUUGUUGCAUCCACCAGUCUUAGUGCCGCCCAAACCGGGCCGACCUUUGAUUAUGUAUUUAUCUGUACUCGAUGGAGCAGUAGGGUGUGUUCUGGGUCAGCACGAUGAAUCCGGAAGGAAAGAACAAGCCAUUUACUAUCUAAGCAAGAAGUUCACGCAGUACGAGGCUAAUUAUUCAUUCAUUGAGAAAAGCUGCUGUGCGUUGGCCUGGGCAACCCAGAAGUUGAGACACUAUCUAUUGAGUCAUACCACGUAUCUUAUUUCCCGGUCUGAUCCUUUGAAGUAUCUUUUGGAGAAGCCGAUGCUGACUGGGCGUUUGGCGAAGUGGCAAAUAAUUCUCUCAGAAUUCGAUAUUGUUUUCACCUCACAAAAGGCGGUCAAGGGGCAAGUUAUAGCUGAUCAUUUGGCGGAAAAUCCAAGGGAUGAUGAUUAUCAACCACUCCGUACUUAUUUCCCCGACGAAAGGGUCCUAUUUGUAAGCGCUGCAGAUGAUAUAAGUGAACAAAGUCCUGAAUGGAGGCUUUUCUUCGAUGGAGCUUCGAAUUCUCUCGGAGUUGGAAUUGGAGCUGUUUUGGUGUCACCCGAAGGGAAGCACUACCCUGCCGCUGCCAAGUUGCAAUUCGCUUGCACGAAUAAUAUGGCUGAAUAUGAAGCCUGCAUUUUUGGUCUCAAAAUGGCUUUGGAAAUGGAAAUCAAGGAGUUGAUAGCUUUUAGUGAUUCAGAUUUGCUUGUGAACCAAACUUUGAAGCAGUGGAUAACCAAAGAUUCAAAAAUUCUACCCUACCAUUGUAGUCUGCUCACUCUGGCCAAGCAGUUUCAAAAUUUGGAGUUCAGACAUCUCCCGCGAGCCCGAAAUGCAUUUGCUGAUGCUUUGGCCACUUUAGCUUCCAUGAUCCAGUAUCCAGAUGAAUUAAAGAUCGAACCAAUCCAAGUUCAACUUCAAGACAAGCCUGCCCACUGCUGGGUUGCAAAUGAGUCUUUUGACAAUGUUCCUUGGUAUAGUGAUCUUAAGGAGUUUCUUAAAACUGGGUUUUACCCUCUGCAUGCUGGUACAAAAGACAAGAAUUUUCUGCGUAGAAUGGCUUCCAAAUUCUUCUUAAAUGGAGAAGUGUUAUACAAAAGAACCUCAGAUUUGAACCUUUUAAGGUGCAUUGAUGAAGAUGAAGCUCAAUAUAUGAUGAAAGAAGUGCAUAGUGGCGUUUGUGGACCUCACAUGAAUGGCCAUUUGCUAGCAAAGAAAAUCAUGAGAACCGGAUACUUCUGGCUUACUAUGGAGCAUGAUUGUAUAGAUUUUGUCCGGAGAUGUAUAAAAUGCCAAAUGCACGGUGAUAUUAUACGCGCUCCGCCCACUGAGUUGCAUAGCAUGACCGCCCCGUGGCCCUGUUCAAUGUGGGGUAUGGACGUGAUUGGUACAAUCGAUCCUCCCGCUUCAAAUGGACAUCGAUUUAUAUUGGUGGCGAUCGAGUACUUUACCAAGUGGGUUGAAGCGGAGUCAUUCAAACAUGUCACGAAGAAGGUAGUGGCCAAUUUCCUGAGAGAUCACAUCAUCUGUCGUUUCGGAGUACCCGAAACGCUUAUCACGGACAAUGCCAAGAAUCUGAACAAUGACAUGGUAGAUGGACUAUGUGAGCAGUUCAAAAUCAAACACCGCAAUUCUGCCAUUUAUAGGCCUCAGAUGAAUGGAGCUGUAGAAGCCGCAAAUAAGAAUUUGAAGAAGAUUAUCCGCAAAAUGACAGAAAAGCAUCGCGAUUGGCAUGAAAAGUUGCCUUAUGCAUUAAUGGCGUAUCGGACUUCUAUCCGGACAUCAACUGGGGCAACGCCGUAUUCACUCAUGUAUGGAAUGGAAGCUGUGUUACCAGCUGAGGUUGAAAUUCCUUCGUUGCGAAUCCUUAUGGAGACUAAAUUGGAGGAGGCCGAUUGGAUCAAGCAGCGUCAUGAGCAAUUGACUUUGAUAGAUGAAAAACGAUUCAAUGCUAUCUGUCAUGGUCAGUGCUAUCAAAAACGUGUGGCCCGAGCUUACAACAAAAAAGUCCAUCGGCGGGCAUUUGAAGAAGGUGAUAAGGUACUGAAGCGAAUUUUGUCAAUGCAAGAUGAAGCUAAAGGCAAGUUCGCUCCAAAUUGGCAAGGGCCGUUCAUUAUCCAAAAGGUAUUACCUGGCGGAGCUCUUAUUUUGGCGGAAAUGGAUGGACGGGUUUUCCCUCAACCCAUCAACUCAGAUAUGUGCAAAAAGUUUUUCAUUUGA